AUGGCAGAAAAAGACAGAAUAAGUGAACUCCCGGCCGAUAUUCUUGACAAUAUUUUGGGAUUUUUGCCACUUCGAGAAGCUGCUAGAAUUGCCAUUUUAUCUUCCUUCUGGAAGGAUAUCUGGUUUAGUCUGACAAAGCUUAGCUUUGACCGUAAUUUCGUUGAUUACUUAUGUCUUAAAUAUUCCCAUGAUGAAGGUCCGGAUUCCGUAUCUCACAUUUUUGAAGUAGUCAACAAAAUUCUCAUGCGCCACAAUGGACCUAUUCACAAAAUUGUCUUUGAUUUUUAUGGAGAUAAUUUGAAUUAUUAUUUCACUAUCACGAAGGAUAUUGAUAAUUUGUUGGAGGACAACUUGAAUCAGUGGUUUCUUCUUCUCACCCAGAAUGGUGUUGAAGAAAUUGUCAUUUCUUUUUUUAUGGAUGCAAGAUGUUGGGUGCCAAAUUGUAUAUUUUCUUGCCCAACACUAAAGAGAUUGAAACCUGAUAGUGUCGAUGUUGAACCAAUAAAUGCAUAUUGUGUACUUCUGAAUGUUACAUCACUUUGUCUUGAGGAUGUUGGCUUUAAGCCUAGAACUUGA